AUGGACAAACAUAACAGUUCAGAAUUGUUAAAUUCUGAUUUUCCACUAUCUAAGAAUGCUAGUUCCGAUUCAUUGGAUUCUGAUUCUAAAUCGAGUUCAUUGAAUUCCAAACACGGACAGGAUUCCAGUCAUGUAUUGGGAGAUAUACAAUUAUUGGAUGGAGAGAAGGUUAUGGGUGUUGCCAGAGAUGUUACAUACUUGUGCCCAUAUAGUGGGCCAUCACGGGGUGUUUUAAAAGUUACAAACUAUCAGAUACAUUUUCGACCUACAGAAGCUACUUCUUUUCAGACUACCUUAAGUGUUCCACUUGGAGUCGUUUCCCGAAUUGAAAAAGUUGGUGGAGCAUCAUCAAAAGGUGAAAAUUCAUAUGGCAUUGAAGUGUUUUGUAAGGAUAUGCGUAACUUGAGGUUUGCUCACAAACAAGAGAAUCAUUCUCGGAGAGGUAUAUUUGAGAAACUGCAACAAUUAGCCUUCCCAUUAUCACACAGGCUGCCGAUGUUUGCAUUCAGUUAUUCAGAAAGUUUUCCAGAAGAUGGAUGGAAUGUUUAUGAACCUAUCGCCGAACUCAGACGUAUGGGUGUGAACAAUGAUAUGUGGCGCAUAACACGCAUCAAUGAUAAGUACGAGAUAUGUGAUAGCUAUCCGUCCGUGUGGGCAGUUCCUGCUGCUGCUAAUGAUGAUCUUCUGAGGUCAGUGGCAGCAUUCAGAUCCAGGGGUCGUAUACCUGUUCUGGCAUGGAUACAUCCUAGCUCCCAGGCUACUAUCACCAGAUGUAGUCAACCUUUAGUUGGGGUAAGUGGUAAGCGUAGUCGUGAAGACGAGCGUUAUAUACAACUGAUAAUGGACGCCAAUGCCCAGGCUCACAAGCUGUUCAUUAUGGAUGCAAGACCCAGCGCUAACGCUAUCGCCAAUAAAGCUAAGGGCGGCGGUUAUGAAUCUGAAGAUGCAUAUCAGAAUGCAGAGCUAGUGUUCCUUGACAUCCAUAACAUUCAUGUGAUGAGGGAAAGUUUGAGGAAACUCAAAGAGCUUUGCUUCCCUCAAAUUGAUCAGACAAGAUGGUUCAGUGGUAUAGAGGCUAGCUGUUGGUUGAAGCAUAUAAAAUGCAUUUUGGCUGGAGCUGUGAGAAUUGUUGAUAAGGUGGAGAAUCAUAAGACAUCAGUACUGGUUCAUUGUUCGGACGGCUGGGACAGAACAGCUCAGCUGACAGCACUGGCCAUGUUGAUGUUGGAUCCAUACUACCGCACCCUACGAGGCUUCCAAGUACUCAUAGAAAAGGAGUGGCUGUCUUUCGGACAUAAGUUUCAACUUCGUAUAGGUCACGGUGACGAGCGUCACUCGGACGCUGACCGGUCGCCAGUGUUCGUUCAGUGGGUGGACUGCGUGUGGCAGCUUCAGCAGCAGUUCCCUACAGCCUUCGAGUUCACUGAGCGACUCCUCAUCACGGUGGUCGACCACUUAUACUCCUGUCGCUUCGGAACAUUCCUCUUUAAUACCGAACGGGAGAGGGUCAAGGAAGAAUUAAAAACAAAAACGACGUCACUAUGGUCAUAUAUAAACAGCAGGCAGAAUUUGUACCUUAACCCGUUGUACUGGGGUCCAUCAUCGUUCACUAACUCGCCACCAUCACAACACACCAGACCACAGAUGGUGUUGGUACCAGUCGCCUCGCUGAGAAUCAUAAAGCUUUGGAAGGCUUUAUACUGCAGGUGGAACCCCACUAUGAGGCAGCAGGAUCCGAUAUACCAACGUACACGUGAGCUGGUAGCUCUUCGUGCUCAGUUGGAAGCAGCAGCUGCGGCCGCGGCCGGGGACCACGCGGCGAGACAACACCGGCUGGGUCUAACCCCGCCGAGGGUCGCCAGCCCACAUCACGUUUGA